CAUCGCUACCGCGCCGCCACUGUUCCAGCUGGGUGCUGCAGCUCAACAAGCAACUUAUAGCCCACAUCGGUAGGACCGUGACAAACUAUGAGUAAGACGCGUUUGACGUGAUCUGUACUUCGCCCAUUUCACUUAUCGUCACGCUGAGUCGGGAUUGUGGCCGUGACAAAUGCAGUCAGCUUCAUGCUACCUGGCGAUGGCGUGUAUGCCUUUUGAUUUGUCGCGCUGUUCUGUCGAAGCAUAUUAUUCGAGCUGGCGGCGAGCAACAGCAGCAUUCUGAGGCGCCGCGUUCACAAUUGAAGCGAAUCGAGCUACUCAGUUCAGUACAAAGACUAGAGAAAAAGUGUACCCUCACAGCCUCUGCCCGUCAUGUCUUUCCAAACAGCGUCGGAGUUGACGAGCACCAUCAAAGACAAGUCUGCGAGUAUCACAAAGAGAGUCAAAGCCAUUGAAGAUCUUGGGUACAUGUUGGAUCCCCAAAACCGAUCAGCCAAUCUCGACCCAAUCAAAGAUCGAGGAUAUCGUGACAUUCUUGAAACCUUCUUCAAUUUCGUUUUGGAGCAGAAGCAUUUGUUCUACGGAGCCACGAAAAGUAAAGCACCACAGGCUGGUCCGCGGCUAGAGAAGUGCGCCGAUGCUGUCAAGAAGACCGUGUCUCGCUGUUUACCCAAGCUCGGCACCAAGUCGGUGCUUUCAAUCGUCGCCCACAUCACUGAGAUCUUACAUCGAUCCAAUGGUGGCUAUGUCGAGCCCUUGGUUUCAGGCUAUGUCAAGACCUUGGCCAUUCUGCUCUCUCGGAAUGCUUGCGUCGAACUUCUUGUGCGGAAGGAAGAUGGCAUAUACUGGGACUCCUGUGUGGAUCUUGUACUUGGACUCGCUUCAUAUUACCUACCUGAGCAUCAGUCCAAUGUGUCGAACAGAGCCUCGCCCGCCCCAGGGACAGGCACUAUGCGCAUGAGCGGAAAGUCCACUGCCUCGACGCAAAGCCAGAAGCUUUCUAGUCAGGGCGAAAAUGACGCAAUGGGCCGACUGAGAAGCACCUUCGAAGCACUCCUCGACUUGCUCAAAGUUGGCAACGCCCCUGUGAUGCGGCGUUCCCAGGAAGUUGUUGAGCUUACUGUGCGUACCCUCAACGCCAAGUCGUUCAGUCUCGGCACUCUUCAGAGCACUUGCUUUUCGAUCAUCAACACGGUGUUCCCAGUCUACCAGACCGAGGCUUUCGAGGAGGCCAUCUCGCUCGUGCACGAUUUGGUUCCGCUUAUGAGCUUUUGGUGGCGUGCCGAAAAGGUGUCUCAGGAUGAGCUGAUCCGUUCACUGAGAAACGAAAUUCUCAGGUCAAUAUUCCUGGUUCAACAUCACCUAGAAUACAUAGCCUUGCGUCAAGAGGAUGCUGCAUUUCCCGUUAUGCUGGAAGAAUUGGCGCAACCACUCUGGCGGGAGUAUUCAAAAAGAGGGGAGACGUUUCGUCUUCAAAUGCAAGACAUUACAUUCUCCGUGUCUGAUCUGGCGGUCAGUCAUCUCCAGAAUUCGUUGUUUGGUCUUCGUCCACACAACGUUGAGGGCGAGAGUUAUUGGGCCCUGGUCCAAAACUUGGCUACUUUGGAGUCGCUGCUGUCUAAGAGACAGCAUGCGGGUCCCACGCGCGACUCGGACGACGACGAAAAACCACGGAAAAGGCCGAAGACCAGCGUGCAGACCAGCCGGCUGCGCUCUCAACUUCGCUCCAGAGACAUUGGUAUCCGUCGUACGGCACUUCAAGUCAUCCCGUUCGUGGUGGGUUCUGGGAGCCUCGCGGACCCGGAAAUCACUGAUCUGCUCGAAGAACUUCUCAUACUUGGAACAGACAAAGAUGCAAUCAUAGCUUCGUGGGCCCUCGUGGCAUGCGCUAGCUGCGGAAUUCGACGGAAGGUUGUCCAAGACCAGCAAGCGACCUGGCGUUACGUUUGGCAUAUGGCUGUGAGACUGGUCAGCCUGCCUCCCACUAGCCGCGCUGCCUGUGUUGUUCUUUCAACGAUCUUGACUGGCAAUUUUCUUCCAUAUCACGAAAUAUCUGAACACAUCAACCACAUCGUUACCACUGCCGACGUCAGUGGUCCCGCUGUGCUGUCAGAUGCGUCGUUGGCGUUGAUGCUGCAACUUUUCCACGUGCGCAACAUUCGCCUCCCAAGCGCGAGCCAAGCAACCAGUGGCCACAUCAUACGAUGGGUCUUCCUGAGAUGGAAUCCCGGUGAGCUUGGGUACGCAUCUUCUCACUCGCUUCACUCCCAAACUGGGCAGUUCGUGAACCUGUUGCGCGCUUGCUGCGGCGAAGGUCCGGUGUCCUUUGGACAUCCGCUUGCCUCUGUUGGUGGUCGUCUGAGUGAGACGUGGAUGGCGCAGCAAAGCGUGACUCCUUUCAUUAGGUAUCUCUUGUUGCUCGACGAGGGAGAGACCCAGGCGAAGGACGAAGCCACCAUUGUGCCGGCCGAACAAGCCCAACGUUCGGAGACGGGAAGCUUCUAUCCUUCAAGAAAGCUUGUGCUAGAGCUACUUACCCCACGCUUGGAAGACUUGAACGAGCUGUGCACGGCCUGGACAAAGAAAGCUAGUGAUGGAGGCGUCCAGAUCUCUUUGGAAAAGUUCCAGAGUUUGUUUGCUGCCGUUAUUGUCGGCUCAGCACUUCUCCCACAAAUCUCGGAUCUUAAUUCGACCCAGUCAGCUACAGUCGGUUCGACCGUCCUUGGUCUCGCCGAGAAGAGCCUCAACGUUGCGCUGGAAUCCAUCGAACCCCAGGUUUUCAUCGAGGCCACUCUUCGUCUUGUCAGACCUUGCAUUCCAACGUUGAAAAGCGAGACUAUUUCCAAUUACUAUGUCCAUCACCGUGGUCUGCUGAAUCUACUUGCGAAGAUCUAUGAGCUUCUGUACAAGCGCCAGGCCACCGACAAAUCUAUGCCCAAUGUAGAUCUGAUGGAAGUUGAUGAGGAAUUCGAAUCUCAAGACAGCGGCACCGCAGACGCGUCAACUCAAUGCGUCGUUCCGAGACGUAUUGAAGAGCUCCGACUGGACUCGGCAUGCUAUUACAUUGAUACGAAGUACCGGUUACAGCUACUGAACAUUGUUGAGAAUGAUGAAGGUCAAAUAGGCGUGCUGCCUGAUGGUCUGGUUGACACGCUCCUCGUCGCUUCUGAUGAGGAGCUGCUCAUGUCAUCCAACUUCAUUCUGGAGGCAUUCCGAUCCAAUCUCACCCUCGGCGCGGACACGGCACGCGACGUGGUUCAUCGCUUAGGCGACAUUGUUGCAAGGCUAGAGUACCAGAGCUCAGAAGUGGCACUGAGUACCUGCAUUGAUGUCAUUGACGGCUGCCACGAUAUUUGGCUCCAAAGCUCGGGCGAUCUCAGGCAAAGCAUUGGCGACAUGUACAAUCAUUUUGUGGUUGUGUCCCUGAGGAUGAACGGCUUCUCUCCCGCGGGUUACAUCUCCAUGGUUGGCCUACUCCUGACCUUGCUACGAGCAGAGCCAGACUACGCUACCAAUGCAGGCCUUGAGUCUUGCAGAACGUCCCUCCUGUACAUACUGGCGAACGCUCCUCUUGAGGCCAAAUGCUUCAUCGCAGAUCACAUAGCCGACGUUUUCGGCCUGUACAUCCUGAAGCUGCACGACGAGAUUUUCAUCGAUGUUCUGAACAACCUGCCUUCAAACUCUCAAAACGUUGCUGGCAUAGCUUUCCGCCUUCAAGUCCUGUCAAGGCUAGCAUGCCGCUGGCCAACUCUGCUUCGCAGAUGCACAUAUCAUAUCUUCGAGAUACCAGGCAAAAUCACAAGUUCACUAAAACAUGCCGGCAUCUGUCUCCGAGAUAUAGCGCAACACUUAGACUUGGCCUCCCCGGCUGAGCUAUUUCGCCUGUUUUCCCGCCAAUUGCUGUACACGUGGCUUGACAGCGAGCUGAUCGAGGACAUUCCUUACGAUAUCUUCGGAUACUCUAGUCUUUCCGAGCUUCUUUGUGAUGCUCAAGGAGAAGCCCUUGGACUCAUGAUCAUGCGAGGACAAGUUGACAUGAGCAAAGAGCUCGCUCGUCAUGUGCGUAAAUCUGAAGCAGAUCUGGUCAAAAGCAAUUUUCAUACGGCAUUGGCUUACAGUAUGAUCUACGGCGAUUCAUCCGGCGGCGAUGAUCAGGGUCUAGGCGAAGGUCUUAUCGAGCGGGCAAUUGGCAAAAAGGGCAUGGCCGAGGCUCGUUAUGAGAGCUUUGCUGACAUUGUCGCCUUGUUCAUCGACGUCAUUGACCAGGACAACCUUAUCGAAAAGACGUUUCUGAAACACGAAGAUUUCGCUUAUGCUGGGAAGAUCAUGGCGAAAAUCAAGAGUCUGUCGCAUUCGAGCGCAUCGCUGCCGCCGAAUCAACAGCCCACCUUCAGGGCUCGUUUCUUGCCGUUUGAGAUACAGCGUCUGUGUGAGAGCACAAUCUUUGACUUUCGGGAGAUUUGGACACCUCCCUUGGUGCUCUCUGUCUCACGCAAACUCUUGAACACCGUGCAUCCGGCACUCGGCUCUCUGCAUGCGUGUUCCGUUAUCCGCAAGGUGCGCAUUUUGGUUUGUCUGGCCGGGCCAGUUGCAUUGGACUCUUAUGUCAUCGAGAUGCUGUUGAGCUCUAUGCGUGCUUUUCUAGUUGACUCGGAAUGCGCCGAUGAUGCUCUCGGUGUAAGCCAGUACCUUCUGUCCGAGGGUUCUGCCUAUCUCAGACUCGUUCCCUCCUUCCUCGCAGGCUAUGCGUUGUCAACCCUGGCUUCUCUCAGGGUCUUUCUUGAGUCGAGCCAAGCGAGCACCACUCAGGAAGAACAGUUUAAAGCCACAAUGAGUAGGGCAAAAGCUUUUCAUUCCUGGUUCGCCGAGUAUCUUGCCAAAUACGAGUCCAACGCAUUCGACGGUUCUGACCAGCGCAAAGGGUUCUAUGCAAUUACCAGCGCAGCUGCUUCCAUUCGAUCGUCUGGGAAUGCUGAGAAAGGCACGUCAGAGAGCAAGCUUCUGCUCGAGAUUUUGAGAGACGGAAGAAGCGCCAGCCAAUUGUUGAAUGAGGCAUCGAGACGAUCAGCCAUUGCCAUUCUGUCUAACGACUUUGUUUUCCCAACUCAGAGGAACCGUGAUGUGAUCGACACUGACGAAGAGGCGAUCGCUCUUUCGACCCCGGUAUGGAAAAGCUCUCAGGCCAGUGCGCUGAGCGACCCCUACUUAGCGUGGGCUGGCCGAGCUGUUGGCCGGUCGUUCUCAGCUUCUGGCAACAUUCCGCUCGAUGUCAUCCGUGAGACCCGGCUGACGGAGUAUCGGCGUCUGUCCAACGAGCUGGAAAGCUCAGAAAUGGGAAUAUUGACCCUCCUUCAGCAGCUUGCUUCCAGUGCAGUGUCUGCAACAGCGGGCCUCGCCGAAGCUGCGCUACGAAACACCAUCUCGCAGGCCAUUCAGCAAGAGGACGAGUCUCUGUUAGUUGCAUGCCAAAUGUGUCUCCGCGAGCCCCUUUUUCUGGCAUCUCAAUGGGGCAACUACCGAAGCCCUCCAUCUGAGAUAAAGAAAACACAGGAUCCUCGCAACGAGCUGAUUUGGACUCAAGAUAUCGCUUCGCCAACCUGGGCGCAGGAUCUUUCAGUCUACCUGUGUCAGUCCGCCACAAACUCGAUCUUGCUGCCCAAUCUGAUUCCAAUAUUCUCGGCCGUCAAAGGAUUUGCAGAGGAGGCUUUCCAAUUCCUUCUGCACCUUGUGCUGUAUCUGCAACUUGACCAACAACAGGCUGUUCGGAAGGCUUUCAGCGGUUCUAUGAGGCAAUGGCUCAGUGCCCACCAUCCUGACGCGAUUCCGAACCAGACACUGCUUCUGAACUCAAUAUUGUACCUCCGGACCCAGCCGUACCCCAAAGAGUCGUCCAUGGCUGAUCGCUCGUACUGGUUGGACGUUGACCUUACCCAAGCAGCCUCGACGGCAUGCGCUUGUGGCAUGUACAAGUCUGCCCUCUUGCUUAUCGAGUCCAUCCCACCCGACACAGGUCGCGCCUCUCGGAGAUCUUCAGCGGCUGCGGCUCAGAAUACCGGCAUAAACGACACCUUACUGACAAUCUUCGAAAAUAUUGAUGACCCGGAUGCUUACUACGGUCUGCCCGAGGAGCCAAGUCUGGCCAAGGUGUUGUCGCGCGUCGAGUAUGAGAACGAAGGCACCAAAAGCCUGGCAUUCCGUGGUGCUCAGUACGAUACACAUUUGCGACAGCGUGACGCGAUGGCCAAUGAUGAUGCACAGCAUAUCGUCAACGCCUUGAACACCCUGGGACUGGCUGGUCUUUCUCACUCCGUGCUGCAAACUUUGCAAUCGUCCGGUGCUGCCCCAUCGUCUCUUAGGAAUACCUUCACGACAGCACAGCGACUUGAAUCAUGGAACUUGCCGGCGCCAACCCAGAGCGACCACUCUGCGGUGGUGGUGUACAAAGCGUACCAGGCCAUGUCUCAAGCCAUAGGUCCUCAAGUAGUUCGUUCCACCAUCUACGAAGGCUUUGAGCGAACAAUGCGAGCGUUGGCGACCUCAGGGGCUCGAGCUGCACACAUACGGAAGCACUUGUCAGCGCUUGCCGUUCUGACAGAGCUGGAUGAUGUGAUGAACGUAUCGGAUUCGGCUGAAUUUGAUUUCAUGCUGCGAAAGUUCCAGGAUCGCCGCGAGUGGAUGAAGUCCGGGCUGUAUGAAGACGUCAGCCAAAUCCUGUCGUGCCGUGGCACGACUAUGAGCAUGAUGAGCCAGCACACAAACCUCUUACAGAACGCGAAGAUCAGCGUGGCAGAUUUCAGAGCGAUGCAAGUAAAGUCCUUGCUUGUGUCUGCCAGCAUAUACCGAGAUUACCGCGCAAAGCAGGAGUCAACCAAUGUCGCGACCACACUCAUGAGCCUGAUCCCCAUUUGCGCCGAGCAAGGCCUACAGGUGGACGCGGCAAUCAAGAUGGAGGUUGCCAACUCAUUGUGGGACCAUGGUGAGAUGAGCACAUCGAUCCGCAUGCUGCAAGGCAUUGAUCAAGACGCGUCGCUCAAGUCACAGAGCGUUACCGUCAGCCGGUCAGAUCUCUUGUCCAAGAUUGGGCAUCAUGUUUCAGUAGCUCGACUAGAGAAACCCGGAGACAUACAGAAAAGUUACCUUGAGCCAGCUCUCAAGGAGCUCAAAGGUUUGACGGACGGUCCCAGUGCCGGCACCGUCUAUCAUCAAUUCGCAUUGUUCUGCGAUGGCCAGUUGCAGGACCCAGCGGGCUUAGAGGACCUUGCGAGACUCCAAAGCUUGAGGCAGGCAAAGAGCGACGAAGUAGCCGGACUUCAAUCUCUUGUAAGCAGCACUCGGGACAGCCAGUUGAAAACUCGUUACAAUCACGUCUUGUCGAAGGAGAAGCAAUGGCUCAACCUGGAUGAACAAGAACUGCGCCGCGUCGAGCAGACCCGGAGUGAAUUCGUGCGGUUGAGUCUCGAGAACUAUUUGCUGUCUCUCAUGGCUUCUGAUGAGCACAACAACGACGCGCUUCGCUUCAUCGCGCUGUGGCUCGAGCGAUCUGCGGAAGACAAGACCAACAAAGCUGUCUCGAAGUUCCUUGAACAGGUGCCCACGAGGAAAUUCGCAGCAUUGAUGAACCAGCUAUCAUCGCGCCUCCAGAGUACGGACUCAAUGUUCCAGAAGCUGCUGUCGGACCUCGUGUACAGGAUUUGUAUAGACCACCCGUACCACGGCAUGUACCAGGUCUGGUCAGGGACAAAAGUGAAAACCAACACAAAGGACGAGGUUGCCAUGCAGAGGUGGAAAGCGAACGAGAGAGUCGCGCAACGUAUAGGGACGAAUGAAUCCGCCGCAAGGGUUUGGCUGGCCAUUGAUAAGACAAGCAAGUACUAUCAUCUGCUCGCGAUGGACAAGAACGCAACAAAGUACAAGCCUGGGGCCAAGAUCAACCUCAAAGAUUCCCCUGCCGCGCAAAACCUCAUCAACGCACUCAACAAGUACCACAUCCCGCCGCCUACCAUGCACAUGGAGCUCUCCCCGACCAUGGACUAUUCGAACGUCCCCAUCAUUGCCAAGUUGGAGCCACAGAUGACCAUAGCCUCUGGUGUGAGCGCGCCCAAAAUCAUCACAGCUGUGGGUACCAACGGCGUGCGGUACAAGCAGCUUGUCAAGGGUGGUCACGAUGACCUUCGGCAGGACGCAAUCAUGGAGCAGGUCUUUGCUGCCGUGUCGUCGCUCCUGAAACUGCACAGAGCCACGCAACAGCGGAACCUGCAGGUCAGAACAUACAAAGUGCUGCCGCUGACGGCGUCUUCUGGCCUCAUUGAGUUCGUGCCCAACACUAUUCCUUUGCACGAAUUUCUCAUGCCAGCCCAUGAGCGCUACUAUCCCAAGGAUUACAAAGGAAACCAGUGCCGCAGAGAGAUCUAUGGGGUCCAGGGCAGCCGGACCGAAACCCGGAUCGCGGCAUAUCGUAAGGUGACGGAUAGGUUUCAUCCCGUCAUGCGAUACUUCUUCAUGGAACACUUCUUGGACCCAGACGACUGGUUCGCCAAACGCUUGGCGUACACGCGGACAACUGCUGCCAUCUCCAUGCUAGGCCACAUUUUGGGUCUCGGUGACCGACACGGCCACAACAUUCUUCUCGACACCAAAAGCGGUGAAGUGGUGCAUAUUGAUCUCGGUGUGGCAUUCGAGGCAGGUCGAAUCUUACCUGUGCCCGAAAUGGUGCCAUUCCGUCUCACGCGUGAUAUUGUGGAUGGCAUGGGUAUUACCAAGACCGAGGGCGUUUUCCGAAGAUGUUGCGAGUUUACGCUGGACGCACUGCGCGAAGAGCAGUACUCCAUCAUGACCAUUCUGGACGUGCUGCGGUACGAUCCACUCUACACUUGGACCAUCUCGCCUUUGCGUCUGGCCAAGUUGCAGAAAUCGAGGCACAACGAAGACGCCUCGGUCGAUGAGACGCAGCCCAGUGAGACUGACGAUAGAAAGAGGGGGAAAGCAGGUGGCGAUGUCAACGAGCCCACCGAGGCUGACCGUGCGCUCGAGGUUGUCCGGAAGAAGCUGAGCACGACGCUCAGCGUGACGGCAACGGUCAAUGACUUGAUCAAUCAAGCGAUGGACGAGGGCAAUUUGGCGGUGUUGUAUUCUGGCUGGGCGGCAUACGCAUGAGUGUCCGUCACCAACUUGAAAGAAUAAGUUGAUCAUGAUAUCUGUACAAGUUAAUAAGGAUAGGGUGAAUGUAAAUAUAGUACCUAAAAGAAUAAUGAUCCACAAUCUGUCGGACUUUACGCGACUUCACGCGUCGGUCGCGCAAACGCCGUUAUCGCCACC